AUGGCCUUUUUGAACAGAUCAUAUGCUUAUUCGAAGAUGGAAAUGUUUGACCCGGAAGAAAAAAAGCAUCAAAGGGCACAAUUCUUGAUUUACAAGGCUUUGCAGAAAGCAGAAAUUAGGAGAUCAAGACCUUCAUGGCUGAGAGUGAAAAUGUUCAAGUUGAAGAUCAAGAUUGGUAAAAGAUUUAAGACACUGAGAAAGAGUAUUGGAGUAACCUUAGCUUCGGCUAAAACUGGUUUCUGCAAGAAAAUUACUUGUCAAUUGAAAUCUUGGAAGCGACUGAUUCAUGGAAGAGAGGGAAUAAUUAGAAGUCUCCCACCAAUGAUCAUUUGA